AUGGUUGUCGACAGUGGAGGAAGUAGUGGAGUCAAUAGCAGCGACAACCUACAAGAGCUUCAGGAGAAGAAAUGGUGGUUGGAGGACGAUGAUGUAAUGUUGCUCACCCAGAUCAACAACGACCGCCCGUUCAUGCAACGUAAGGACGCCAUGAAGGCCUGGGAGGCCUUGGCCGCCACGCUCCGCUCGCAUCCUUCGUUUUCGCGUCGCACGUUGGAUGGCAGGAAGGCACAAAAUCGCUUUCUCUUGUUGAUUCGCCAGCACAAGUCAAGCAGCAAUGCCUCUGCACGUCUGUCCGGUGUGAGUGAAGACGAGUCCGCGAAGACAAGACUGCUGGACGACAUCAUGCCGCUGUACCAGGACUCUCUGGCCACCAAAAGACGACAAAUUGACGCCGACACGAAACUGGAUGCCGCUGCAACGAAGGCUGCAGACGUCAAGUUCAUCCGACACCAGGCUAUGUUGCGGGGGCGCCGCCAAUCGACCUCGGACUCCGAUGGCACGGAUUCAGCACCAACGGGCAAGCGCAAGAUGGUUUUGGAGGCCCAAGAGCUGGAAAUAGCCCUGGAACGAGAGAAGUUGGCCUUCAAGAAGGCAAAGUUCGAACGUGAAAUGGAGGAAAGGAAAAAAGACCGCAUUGAGCGAGAGAAGGAGCGUGAAGAGAGACAACAAAUUCGAGACAUUGGGAACCAACGCCAUGAAGAGAUGAUGAAACUUGUUUUGCACUUACUUCAGAACAGAUAAACAAUGCUAAUCAACAGAAUCGACACA